CGCCGCAUAAUAUUAUAUAGAAUACUAACCUUUCUGAUACAGGAUCAAUCGUAUAAACGAUCCCGGAAGUUGUGGUUUCAUCUUCAUUUAAAAUAUUUACUUCUUUACCAACAUAACUUUUAAAAAGUAAAGGAUCUUUUUUAUAAAUAUUAUGAGAAAAUUUUGGAUUCUGUUCCAUGACAAAAAUUAUAAAUUGUUCAUCAUAAGAGACUAUGACAUACAGAGUGUAGGUUCAAUGAAUUCGUACGUGACGUUCGCGUUUAUUUGACACUAGAACUUUUCCAUGCUACAGUUUCAUUGUUUGAACGCUUUGAACUAUAUGUAAAUGCAACAUAACCCUAAGGAAAGUUGACAUUGGUAGAGUUUGUGUAAAUAGAGAACAAUAGUUAAAAUUCAGAAUGACCAAUUAAUGUAUCUAUAUUAUACAGUGAUUAGAUACUGGAAUAUAAAUUAAACAUGGUUAUAUAUGGCGUCUAUAUUGUGUCAAAGUCAGGAGGAUUAAUUUUUAAUCACGAUCAUAAUGUUCCACGAAUUGAAAACGAAAAGACUUUUAAUUAUCCGCUAGAUAUCAAAUUGAGUUAUGAAAAUAAGAAGAUAGUAGUAUCAUUCGGUCAAAAAGAUGGAAUUAAUGUUGGUCACGUUUUGACAGCAGUAAAUGGCAAUGUAGUAAUAGGAAGAGAACUAGAAAAUGGGAAGGAUGUAUUUGAAUUACUGGAACAGCCAGAUAGUUUUCCCUUAUCGCUUAAAUUUAGUCGAGCUAGGAUGACAACAAAUGAAAAAAUUUUCUUAGCAUCAAUGUUUUAUCCUUUGUUUGCAAUCGCUAGCCAACUAAGUCCUGAACCACGCUGUUCUGGAAUUGAAAUUUUAGAAGCUGAUACAUUCAGACUUCAUUGUUAUCAGACAUUAACUGGUAUUAAAUUCAUUGUUGUAGCAGAAUCUUCACAAAGUGGAAUAGAAAUUUUAUUGAAAAGAGUAUACGAAUUAUACGGAGACUAUGUUUUAAAAAAUCCAUUUUAUUCAUUGGAAAUGCCAAUCAGAUGCGAAUUGUUUGAAACUAAUUUGCAAACAUUGCUAGAGAAUGUUGAAAAGUCUGGUACUGGUAGUGUUUAACGUGUUGUACAUUACAUUUUCAUAAUGGACAAAAUUAACACCAUGUCUAUGUGUAUACAGUAAUUAUAAAAUACGAUAAACUCCAGAUAUUUUUAUGUAUUUAAAUGUAUAAAAUAAAUAAGAAACAUCUGUUAAAUUGUAAA